AUGGUGAGAAUUAUCGAUUUCUGGAUGAGAUUUAAAGCAUUCGGAGCAUGUGAAGCAAAUCAAAUCGAGCAGUACGCAGUGUUGACUUACCGAGAUCCAAAUGAUCCACAACGAGACUUGCACGCGUAUCCUCAAAAUAAUUUUCCUGCCUAUGAUAGUUCAUACGGGGAUGGAAGUAUUAUAAAUUUCCCAAACACAACAUGCGGUAAUCCAAGUGAUAAUGAAUUCUGUAUAAGUGACCUUUCGUCAUAUGUAACAGAUGCAAGUGUAACAGUUGAUCCUCCUCAGGAAACAUUCUUUCUUGGCUUUACCAAUGUGGGACAAAGUCUAUCAGUAAUUUAUAAAAAAAAUUCGUACGGAAACAUGUACACAAGUGGAGACCUUGUAACUGUGGGAGCGAUCAACAACAUUACAUUCUCAUUUCCAACGUUCCCAUUAUUGACUCAACGAGAAAUGAUUGGACAUACUACUUUUUGUGAUAAAAAUAAUCUUCCCGAAUCAUGCACAUCGCAGAAAAUUUGCACAUGCACACAUCGAUUGAAAAUUUCGCUGAACAGAUAUGUCGAGAUGCAAUUGCUUUGUACAGUCACCCUUUCCAUAUUCAUGGAAUUUCAUUUUAUGUCUUAGAAAUGGGUCAACAUCCUGAUAAGAUUCCAAUGACCGUUGAACUUGCGAAGACAAUGAAUUUAGGUAGAAACAUGACAUCUCCACAAGCAACCAGACAAUAUCCUCUGAAAGAUACAAUUUCUAUUCCAUCGAGAGGCUUUGUUAGAAUAAGAUUUAAAGCCACCAACCCUGGAUUUUGGUUUAUGCAUUGUCAUUAUGAAUCGCACAUGGCAACGGGAAUGAAUCUCGUACUACAAGUUGGCGAAACACAUCAAAUGCUAGAAAUUCCUGAAAAUUUCCCCAAAUGUGGAAAUUAUGAAUCAGGAUUUUUGCAGUCAGAAGCUCAAAGUUUUCGUGAAGAAUGCAUAAACAUUUCUUAAAAGUUCUUUAACCAAAGGAAGAUAUUUUUAUAAUUAUUAUGCAAUUUUUUUCAGGAAUUUUAGUUUAGUUAGAACUAAUAAUAAAUUGGAAAACAUCAUUCAGUA